UUAUUUCUAUAUUAUUUGGCGUUGCUCGGCGCCUGGGCAUGGUAGCUUCUUCAGUCUACAGCCUUCCUUAACGCUAUUUACGCCGCCGAUACAAUGGCGGAGCUGGACCCUUCCGCUGCUACCUCAUCUAACAUUUUCUCCAACAAAAACUCCCGUCCUUCCGAAGACACGGUUUUCUUCUCCAUUUUUUCGGACUUCUCUGUACACUCUUGUACAUCCACUACGACCACCUCCGAGCUUCAAGCUCUUCACCUCCAGAUCAUCCAAAUCAUAUCUCCUUACACCUCUAACUACAUAUGGCAACACGAACCCUUUAAUCUUAGCCUCUCCACUACUUCCCCGCCCCAUCUCGGCGGCAAACUACGCUUCGGCGAUAACCUAGAAGAUGAAUGGUUUGUGGUAUUCCUCCUUUUUGAGAUUUCCAGGAACUUCCCGAACUUAUCAAUUCGCGUUUGGGACAGCGACGGAGAGUUCCUUCUCAUCGAAACUGCAUUCCACCUCCCGCGGUGGCUCAAUCCCGACAACGCCACGAAUCGCGUUUUUAUCCGCACCGGACGUCUCCACAUUAUUCCGAAGUCCAUCUUCCACGACACUCCAACCCUUCUUGACGCGCUAAGGGUUUUGAAAGACGGCAGAGAGGGAAAGACCGAAGCCCCCGAGCCUGCUCAGGUUCAAUUGGAGAAUAGGUUAAACCAAUACCCUUUGAGGGCGGAGAAGAAUGUGCACAGCGUGAGGGUUAGAGUCCCUAUUUCUGUGGCACAAGUGUUGAAACACGAGUCAUGCUUAGUUUCACUUUCCGUGGAGGGAUUUUAUGAUAGAGAUAUUGAUACUAUGAAGUAUGCGGCAAAGAUGGAGAGGUUUCUGAGUAAUGGAAGUGGAGAAGAGCUUGUGGAAGUGGUUACGAGGAUGUCUAGGGCAAUGUAUGCCCAAUUGGUGCAGCAAACAUUUCAAGCCCCAAAAUGCUACCCGCCAUUGCCACCUAGAACUGACAUGGGAUCAUAUAUGGAGGCUGAGUUGGGGGUGAAGAUUGCAUGUGGGUUUGAGAUGAUGUACCAGCUAAGGAAGACACAGGGAAUGGAGGGGAAAGGGAGGACAUGGGAGGCUUUCAAGAAGAGUCUGGAAAAUAGUGGGUAUUUUGAAGGGUUGCUUCCAGGGUCACAGGAGUACAAGAGAUUGAUGCAGAAUGCAGAGGAAUACUACAGAAAUAGCUCAUUGCAAGCCAAAACAAGUGAAAUGUUGAGUUCACCCGUAAGACGUAUAGAUGAGAUUCUUGCUCUUCCUCAUUCUGUCGAUGAUUUUAAGAACCAGGAACUACCACCAUCAGAUGACGACUCGUGGCUUUAUGGUGGGGAAGAUGAGCUAAAUGCAGUUCUUCAAGAGAGGCAGAAGGAGAUGGAAGAUUACAAUUCAACGCAUAAAAAGAAACAGAACUCAAAGGAAAAGCCAGAAGAUUUAGACAACGUAGACGACUACGAUCUAAAAAAUAUUUCAGAGUCUAUGCAAGCAUUUGUCAAGAAAAGGUCAAGCUACAAAGGAGCAGAGGUUCCAGAAAGCUGCCUAAGAGAUGUGGACUUUGAUGUGGAUCGCUUUAUGGAAGAAAUUGAUUCCUUGGCCAGACGAAAGGACACCUUUGAAAGCACUGGCAGUGAGUUUGAUGUUGAAGAAGGAUCAAAUUCUGACAUGGAAUUUGAUGAAUCUGAUGAUGAAAGUGAUGCUGAAGACAAUGAUAACAUGGGAGGGGAUCCUUUUAUGCAGUCCUAUGCCCAUGCUCUGAAUGAGGAACUGAAAGGCACUUCACUUGGAAAAAGUUUUGCUAGAACCGAUGAAAACCCUCUCAAGAAGGAUGAGGGAACACCUGCUGUUGCAGGAGGGGAGUUGGAGGAAGAGUUCACACCUGUGGAUGUGGAUUUCAACCUUGUAAAGAACCUUCUUGAUUCAUUUUCAUCCCAGCAAGGACUUCCUGGUCCAGCUUCCAACUUAAUCGGGCUUUUGGGUCUACAACUUCCCCAAGAUGCUCAUAGUAACAAACAGAAAUACUACAUUUGCCAUCCGCUGUAGAUCUUUGAUGACCGGCCGUUUGUUGCAGUGGCUCUUUGUGGACGGUUGUUCGCUUGUCCGCAUGCUCGUCUUUAUCAUCAAUGCUCCGUCAAUCUUUGUUGUUCUUCGACGUCGUCCCCUGUCCAUGCCAAAUGUUCUCCGUAGCAUCCACCUGUUCUUCCCAGCUGGUCUGGUCUCCAACGUUUCAUUCGUCUAUCUCCCAAUCAAACAAUUUCAGAUUGACCAAAUUAAACCUUCAAAAUCUGAAAUCGAAAGCAUGAACUGCGAAUUUGAGGUGUAGAUUCACAACGAAAGCAAGGAAGGAAAUUUCCAUAGGAGGUGGAGGGAGAAAAAGAGAGAGACGAAGGAAGCAUGUGGAGUAAAGAAAGUCCAACGACCAUGAAGCACUGUGAGAGACGACGAGGAAGCACGGUUGUUCACCUAUUUUUAAUUUUCUUUUUACUUUUUUUUAUCUGUUUAACAGGUUACAGCCUUACAGGUAAUUUGGAUCAAUAUAGGAAGACCUCUGGCAAAUUUGAGAUUAUUUCAGAAUUACGUAUAUUUAGGAUUAAUAUUAGAAAACACCUAAUAGUUGGGAUUAUUUAUGUGAAUUUUUCCUUAAUCUUAAGUUGAUUUAAUUGUGGCAGCAAAAUAUUUGCAUACUUAAUUUUA